CCACAUCUCCUCAUGAAACAUUCGUGAUACUAUAAUUGCUCUGCAAGUGUCAAUCAUGUGUCAUUUUCUGUCCCGAUGCGCAGUUGUGCACUCAACGUCGCGUCCCCAACCGUCACAAAGCAGGCAAGACAGUGAACGGACUGUGAAGACAUAUUCAUCGCCUGGCGGCCCAUGCGGGACGUACACCUGCAGCCAUCCGGCCGAGACGUUGAGGUUGGUUGCGAAGAACACUGGGCGACCUCUAUCAAUCCUCUCGCUAUUGCGGUAUUACUCGCGCUGACGCUGCUGUGGCUCGCACUGGUCGCGGUGCUCGGCGAGGCGUCCUGGCUUGUACUAUUCAAGGUGCCGCUGGGUGUUCCGACACUGAUGCUGUCGCUUGAGCUCUGUAUGGGCCAAACACUAUCCGUGUCCCAAGGUUUCUUUGAGGAUUACGGGCCUCGGGGGACGUGAGACGUACCAAGUGACGUUGAAGUAGACUCUUGUUCACGGACACAACACCA